UUUUAAUACUGAAAUUAAAUGUGUAUCUUAAAUCAAUGAUAUAAUUAUAAAUAACUAAAAUAUUAUUACUAGCGAUAACGUUUCUAAAAAUAAGUAUUGUUUCGAAAAUACUCAUAUUAAUAUAUAUACAAAAAAAUGCAUGAUUUUUCGCAUGAUUUUGAUACCGUCACUCCAGGUAUAUGGAUGAUAAAUGAAGAAGGAUGGAAAGAUAAACUUUUAAAGCUGCCCAAUUGGUCUAAGAUACCAUUAAUAAAUUCGAACGCGACCCACAAUCUUCCUGAUGGCACCUUGGUACGAUUCCGGGGUAUGGUUCAAGAUAUGCACAAUCCUGAAUUCUAUUUUGAGCAAUUCGAAGUAUUUAAUACAAAAACAAAUGAGGUGAAAUCAAAGUCUGGAAAGUACACUGAUACAGCUAAUAUAAUGGAAAAUGAAAAAGUAAAUUAUACAGAGAACUUAAAAAGUGCACAAAGACAGACCAUAGUUGUAGUUUCAAUGCCGGGUUUCAAUGAUUGGGCUCAAAAACUAGAAGAUGAACAAAAUCAUUUGAAACAUCUCGAGCAACAACCAAAUACAUCAAAGAGAUUAAAUUCAAAUUAUUCAAAGUUAAAAAGAUCAUAUGAUGAUAGUGAGGAUGAUCCAGAAGCAAUGGAUGUACAAAUUGAACUGGUAAAUAAGGAGAGAAGGACUAAAGAAGAUGUAGAUGAAAGCUCAAAUGUGGUCUCCAGGGAGCAUUUACUUAAUUUUCCAUUGCCUGAUGUAGCCAGCAAAUCUUGUAUAAUUAAGGUUUAUGAUGAUGAAGAAAAUCUUAAAUUAAAUGAUAUGAUAGAAGUAGUUGGCUUCCUGUCUGUUGAUCCAGCACUCUCAGGGGAAUUCCAACCAGCGAAAGGUUCCCUACUGGAACACAUCUGUGAAACAGAUGCGGAGAUAAUAACACACAAUCCUCCGCCAAGCUUGGUGCCGAGGUUGCAUGCCGUAUUUGUUAAGAAAUUGGAUCAUUGUAAUCCAUUAGUCAAAGAAAAUUUAAGUCAAGAAGCAAUACUCAAAGAUGCAAACACAGCUAGGGAUCACUUGCUGAAAGCUCUGACAGAAUUAUUGCUUGGUGAUAAAUUAGCUGCUGAAUACUUAAUAUGUCAUCUCAUAGCUUGUGUAUACCUCCGUCAAGAUACUAUCACAUUGGGACAAUUCUGUCUGAACAUAUCAAACCUACCAACUCAGAAGUACCCCAAUUAUGGCCUGCAGCUUUACAACAUUAUUAAACAGUUUGUCACUAAAAGCUACUAUUUACCCCUAACUGUUGAAAAUAUGAACACAACAGCUCUAUUACCAAAAAAAGACUAUGAUUGCAAUAGAUUAACAAGUGGUAUCCUUCAGUUAAGCAAACACACACAUUUAGUUUUAGAUGAAACAAAGAUGGAACAAGGCCAGUUAGAUGCUACCGGUGUUAAUAAUAUUACAGCUUUGGGUAAUUUAAUAAAACAACAAAAAGUCGAAUAUGACUUUAAGUACUAUAAAAUGGAGUUCGAUUCGGACAUAUCCGUACUGGUGUUAUCAGAAGGCAAAUCUUUGCUACUGAGUGACUAUCAUAUUUCCUUACGGCCUGAAGAAUCAUCUCUUGAAAUAUUUGAUGCUAUUGUCGAAGCUGCUACAUAUUACUUGAAAGAAGACAUCAUGAAUAAUAUAAGAUCUUAUUUGACAAAUAUUAAACUUGUUAAAUAUUCAAUUAGUGAAGAUUUACAGUUUGUUGAAGACGAUUUUAUAGAAAUGCGUAACAAAGCAGACGAAGACAACGCUGUAACAGCAGAUGAUUUACAUCGCCUACUUGUUUUGGCUAGAUUAGUAAGUUUAUCCAGAGGCCAAGAUACUUUGAACAAGGAAUGCUGGGACAUUACAAAAGCUAUGGAGGCGGAGAGGUUGCAGCGGUUGAAGACUCGUGUAGCCCGUUCUUUUUAAUUUUAAGAUGAAAAUGAAGCAUUUUUAUUAAAAAAGAAACAGUUUUUGUUUAUAUUCAUUUUAUAUUUAAAAAUAAAAAAAUAACUUUUGGUAAAUAAAAA